AUGGCUACUACCAAGCUCACCUGGCUCAUUACGGGCUGCUCCUCUGGCUUCGGCCUUUCCUUGACCCGCGCCGCCCAGGCUGGCGGACACAAGGUCAUUGCGACAUCGCGCAACCCAUCGCGCACUCCCGACCUCGUCGCCGAGAUCGAAUCCAAGGGAGGGAAAUGGGUCCAACUUGAUGUGGACAGCCGUGACUGCGGCAACGUGAUCACUGAGCUUGAAGGCAGUGGCGACCACAUUGACGUCCUAGUCAACAACGCCGGCUAUUCUAUCUACGCCCCUAUCGAGACCUUCGAAGAGGAGGAGGUACGAACCCAGAUGGAGACUAUGUACUUUGGUCCCUUGCGACUCAUCCGGGCCGUUCUGCCCCACAUGCGCCAGCGGAAAUCCGGCAUGAUCGUCAACAUGAGCAGCGGUGCUUCGCUUGACGGCAUUCCCACUAUGGGUGUUUACGCAGGUGCAAAGGCUGGAAUGGAUGCUCUUACCAAGAUCCUCGCCAAAGAAGUUGCCCCAUUCAACAUCCGCACCCUGACUGUUAUUCUCGGAACCUUCAACACCAACAUGCCCAACUCGGUGGUUCUAGGCAAGACUCCCCUACCCGAGGACUACAAGGGAACCUUCACGGAGCAGGUUCAGGGUCUUCUAGCUGUGUACCAGGUCGUUACUGGCGAGGGAGUUGGUGAAGGCCAUCAAACCGAGAAGCUUCUCCCUCUGGGGAGUGACAUGACCCCCCGUCUCAAAGGAGUCCAGGAUUAUCUCGGCAAUGCUUUGGAAGUGUUCGGCUCUGUGACCAACAACGUGGAUGUCGACAAAUAA